CCCUUCCGCCCGGCAAGGAAGGUCAUCCAACCCGCUCCUGCCCUGCGGGGAGGCAGAGCACAGCAGAGUCGGAAGGGACCCAAGGGUCGCCCGGUUCAAUCCCACCCCCCCCCCCCUUCUUCCCUGCAGAAGAGUCGGAAGGACACUCCGCCGCCAGGGUCGUCCAUAACAAGCCCCUUCCGAGGCCCUUCCGCCAGGCAGGAACUCUCCGUCCGUGUCUUCCCCUGUUAAGCAGCACUUGCUCUUCUUCUUCCUAAGGCUUAGAGCCAGUCUCUGGAGCAGAGCAAGGAAGCUUGCUCCAUCCCCAUUGCGACCCCCUUCAGAUGCUCAGACAGGGCUGCCCUGCCACCUCCCUCCCAGGGAGGGACCUGGCCGGCUGAGCCCUGCCAAAACCCCGUUAGAGAGUUGUUUCAGGGUUCCUGACGGUGGCAAAGGCAACUUUGUAGGACCUCCGGCUCCAAAAGUCAGGCUUGUGUUGGAAGGGACCCUUCCCAGAGGCCCAACACUCCUCCUUGGCCUUGUGGCUUUCAUGCCAGGGAUCUUGGCUUGACUGUUCAUGCGCACAUGGGCCACGCUUUAUGUCCAGGGAGGAGAGAGUGCCCUCUUGUAGCACCUUUGAGACUCACUUGGCAGCAUGAGCUUCCCUGGACUUGAGUCUGCUUUCCCAGAUGCAUGAAGAGACUGGAGUCUAGGAGGUACUCUUCAGACUAGCACAGCUCUAGCUAGCUUUCCUAGACUUCAGUCUACUUCCCCAGAUGCAUUGAGGUCGACUUCAGUCUAAGAAAGCUCAGGCUGCCAGCUUCUUUCUUUCCGUGAGCCUCAAAGGCACUACGUACAAGCUCUCUCUACAGACUAACAGGGCUAGAUCUCCUUUAAGUCUUACCCCGUGUUUCUUGUGUGCUUUAAACUGAGCAUAUUUCAGUGUAACAGUCACAGCUAUGCUUUCCUGUAUGCGCAAAGGAGGAACUCUGGGAGUUUGGUCACAUCAUGCCCAAUAUAUACCCAUAUCCAGUGAAUGAGGGCUCCUAGGUCUGCUGCUCACAUUUCCUUUCCUCCCUUCCAUUGUAAAGGCUUAUAUCUACAAAUCUGCCGUUGGGGAUAAGGUCCCUUCAUUUGUGGUGGAUUUCUUGGGGACCUUGCUUAGCGACUAUGCUUUACUGUUGCCUUCACAUCCAUGUCGAUGAGCCUUUUAGGAAAGCUGACCACUGACAGUCCCUUAUGAGCCCAAACCAGUACUCCAGGCAUGGCUCAAUGCGUCCCUUCAGAAAGUUGUCCAGUCUGAAGUUGAGCCAAGACUAUGCGUUCGUUCACAUGGAGAAGGACGAGGAUGCUAGAGCCGCCAUUGAACAUCUUAAUGGAAGGGACGUCAAAGGAAAAAGGAUUAAUGUCGAACUCUCUAAUAAAGCUCAUAAGAGGGGCCCGGCUGGACCCGGAGGCCAGCUGGGGAUCGGGACCGAAAAGAACAAAAUCCCAACCUUAGAGAAACUCCAAGCCCGGAGUGAUGGUUUGAGAGCUGGUAACCUUGGGUUCCCAAUGGCAGCGUCAGCUUAUUCCUCCCUCGAAUAUGAUUAUCAGCAGCGCCUGGGGAACAGUGGUUUAACCAAAUUUGACUCCCAAGACAGUCAGGCCUCCUCUUACUUUGGAAGGGACAGGAGCCCCAUUAGACGCUCACCCACGAGAGCAGGCUACGCCAUUCCCAUAACAGCGCAGCAAGCGGCCUACAGAGACCAGCCUUCCGCUUCCCUGGGAACAGCCUACAGAGACCAGUCCGCAGCAGCCCUCGGAAUGGCCUACAGACCCCAGCCCACCACUGGGCAGGCAGCGAUGUACAGAGCCCAGUCCUCGGCUAUGCUUGGCAGUGCAUACAAAGCCCAGGCCUCUGUUCCUCUGGGGACUUCAGGGGCCCAGCCGGCCGCCUCUGCCCUCACCUCCUACAACACCCAGGCAGCCGCCUAUGGGGCCCAGGCAGCCGCUUCCCAAGUCUCUGCUUACGAGGCCCAGCCUGCCACAACAUAUGCAGCCGCUUACGGAGCCCAGGCUGCUGCAACAUACGCAGCUUCCUACGGGGCUCAAGCGGCAGCGCUUUCUGCAACCUAUGGGGCUCAGCCUGCAGCCAACCAGUCAGCCUUGUAUAGUGCCCAUGCUCUCUCGGCGCAGACGGCUUCGUAUGGGGUCCAGCCCGCCGUUGGCCAUGCCGCCGCUGCUUAUGGGGCUCAGACUGCCUCUGCUCUGCCUGCUGCAUACGGGGCGCAGUCUGCAGCAAGUCUGGCAGCUGCUUAUAGUAUGCAGGAUGCUAGUGCUUCCUAUAAGACCCAGCUGUCUGCCUCACUUCCAACAGCCUACAGAACACCAGUCGAGGCCGCCUAUGCGGCGCAGCAGUCCGCUUCUGUUCCCUUAGCAGCAGGUUACCGAGCCCAGCCAGCAUACAAUGGCCUGACUCAGCCUGCGCAGCAGGUGGCUCCGUCUUCAGGGAUGUUGCAGUCCGAAGUCGCCAGCCUGCACCCGCAGUACGAACGCGCCCGCCUGUCCCCGCCACCACGCGGUAGCCGUGAGGAUCUCUACCGGAAAGCGGCUGCGAUGAAUAAGAGGUACAAUACUGACCUCUCAGAUGACCGCCGUUUAGCCGACCUCUCUGAUUUCCGCCAUUUAGCAGACUCCCCCCAUGCGUACCGCCAUUCGCCGACAAAGGCUCAGCUGGAUUAUCGCCGCCUCCCAGAAAUGCAGUCCGAUUAUGCCCGUUACGCGGGUGCCUAUGGCGACUAUUUGCGUAGCGCACAACUGCAGCUGCAUGCUAGUUACCAGCGCCGCUUGUAGAGGAUUUUCCCCCGUCUCCUGGGGUGGGACAGCGUCAUUCUCUUGGCGCCCGCCGUGUAACACUCUUUGCAUAACGUCUCGGAUGAGCAGUCCUUGCCGUUUGGGUUCAGGAUAGCCUUUUAGUCACUACCUUUCUCUCUUCUGGGUGACCACAGCAGCUGGCCAUUCUAACGUGUGUAUCUUUUUUGUUUCUGUCUUUCCCUGUAUUGAGCGAAGGGUAUGCCAUUUUAGUGAGCCAUGUGUGGCCAUCCAGGACAUUUCCCAUUUAGCUUCCCAUCUUUAAUUUCACUUCAGGCUCAGGAGAGCGCUGUACGUUGCAGCACAUUUCAGCCUUUUAAAGCCAAAGUUUCUGAGGCAAGGAGAACAACGCUUUUCCCGUUUCCUUGGUCUCGCUUGCUCCAGGUUCCAUGAUGGAUGAAUGAAACCUAUUGGAAUCUUCAUUUUCAGGAAUUGAGGGUUUCUUUUUCUUCGUAUCCUUUCCAAAAUCAGCUCAGUCGCUUGUCUGUAACAUCGUCCUUCAUUGAUUUAUACCAGUAUAGAGUGUGUAAGGAAGCCUAGUGAUAGGAAUGAGUAGGGUUUCUCCCUUUCUUUUUUGUAUUAACUGUAAAUAAAUCAGCUGAUUGGAAUUUUAGAAACAUCA